GGAUGUGACGUCGGAGCAACACCGGAAGCGCUGCACAGAGCGAAGAAAAAAUGGCGAAUCUCGUGGAAGCGACAACAAAUCAGCAGUUUGAAGAUGUCCUAGCCAAAGCUGGAAAAUGCCUGACCGUGGUGCAUUUCCAGGCCGCGUGGGCUCCUCAGUGUGUCCAAAUGAACGAGGUGAUGGCCGAGCUGGCCAAGGAGCACGCGCAGACCAGUUUUGUCAAGCUGGAGGCGGAAGCGGUGCCAGAGGUGUCGGAGAAGUACGAGAUCAGUUCUGUCCCCACUUUCCUUUUCUUCAAAGCAGGGGAGAAGGUGGACCGCAUGGAUGGAGCCCAUGCUCCGGAGCUGACCAAGAAGGUGCAGCGCCUGGCGGUCACCGGGAGUCCGGUGGGAGCCGCGGAGGGCACCGCCACGGACUUGAAUCAGCGGCUGAAAAUGCUGCUCAACGCGGCGCCCUGCAUGCUCUUCAUGAAGGGGUCCUCCCAGGAGCCCCGCUGCGGCUUCAGCCGGCAGAUCGUGGCCCUGCUGAAAGAGCACAGCAUCCAGUUCAGCAGUUUCGACAUCCUGUCCGACGAGGAGGUCCGACAGGGGCUGAAGACCUACUCCAACUGGCCCACCUACCCUCAGCUGUAUGCGAAUGGGGAGCUGGUGGGAGGACUGGACAUUGUGAAGGAGCUGGCUGAGUCCGGGGAGCUGGAGAACACAUGCCCGAAGGCUGUCACCAUGGAGCACCGGCUGAAGACCAUCAUCAACCAGAGUUCUGUCAUGCUGUUCAUGAAAGGCAACAAGGAGGCUGCAAAAUGUGGCUUCAGCAGGCAGACACUGGAGAUUCUGAACAACACCGGGGUGGAUUAUGACACCUUUGAUAUUCUGCAGGAUGAAGAGGUGCGCCAGGGGCUCAAGACCUAUUCUAACUGGCCAACCUACCCCCAGCUCUAUGUGAAAGGAGAUCUGAUCGGAGGUCUGGACAUACUCAAGGAGCUGAAGGAGAGUGGAGACCUGGUAUCGGUGCUGAAGGGGGAGUCGUAGGUGUGUCUGCCAUGCCACUGGGGCCAAGAAGAAGCCACUGCACAUGCAUAUGUGUAACAUUAUACAUAUGGCCAGGAAGUGGAUAAAAGAGUUUAUGGAUAUACAUAUUAGAUUGAAUAAUCAAUAGAUUAAUCAAACUGUCAUUUGGAUGAGUUCACGUUCUCCUUUAACUAAACAAAUUAAACUGCAUUUAAUGAGAUUUGACUUUUGGUUUUCAUUUGCAAGGUACCUUCAUAGUAAUUCUUGAAAAUACAUCUUAAGAAAAGUGAAAGUUGAGCAAUCCCUGUGCUCGGCCUGAGUUUAUAAAUCCCUGUCUGACAGUGAACAGUUGGCUUGAGUUCAUAUUUACUGUUGUCUUUAUUAGUUGGGGUUACAUUUGUCCUUCCAGUAUUCACAGCAUCGGUUUAUAUUUAAUGAAGCAUUAUUUAUCCAGCCUCUUGACCUUUCAUGCCAUCCUGUUCACACUUUCUUCACAUGAGAGGCAGACAGACUGUUUAACUAAAUCCAAUAAUCACUCUGGUUUAAAUACUUAGAUCUAAGUAUCACUUAUUGUUUCUUUGUCCUUCAACAACAUUGUGAUUAAACAAUAAAAACAC